AUGGCUCGAUCGGACGGCGUACGACACGCGACAAGGAUCCUUUUAACGCGGAUUCACACGUCAUCAUCGUCAUCGUCAUCGUCAUCCGCCGCCGCAGCAGCGUGUAAUGGCGCCAGGAUGCAAACAGCAGCAGGAGCACGGACAGGAGCUGUUAGCCGCCCUUUAGAUGCUAUCAUUCGCACCGUGCUGAACCUCCCCACCAGAUCUCCAACCGCCGCCUAUUCUGCUGCUGCUGCUGCUGCUGCUGCUCCCUCCGCCUCCUCCUUCGCCUCCUCCGCAGCUUCACCUGUUUCCACUCCCUCUGCCGUCUCACCUGUUCGGGCGCUUGUGUUUGGCUGCAGCGGGCGAGCAGGAGGAGGGGCGGUUGCUGUGGCGCGAGCAGGGGGAAGAGGUCCCGCUGCAGCAGCAACUCUGGGAGAAAGGGGAGGCAGGCUGGGGGAGCAGGGCGAGCGGAGGCGAGAUUGCAGUGAGGGGGAGCGGCGGAGCGCGGAUGGGGAGGGGGGAAGGAGGGGCGCGGACGGGGAGGGGGAGGGGAGGGCGUGGUGGAGAGUACAAGGCGAGAGGUGUAGAGUGGACGGCUGCGCGUCCUCCUGUGCGCCCUCGGCAGCAGCCGCUGCGGCUGCUGGUCCUGUGAGUGCGGCACGGUUGGGUGUGGCGCGGUUGGGUGCGGCAUGGUUGGCCGGAUCUUCUCCAUCUCACCCGAAUGCAGGCUGCGCGUCCGCCUGUGCGCUCUCGUUAGCUGCUGCUGCUGCUGCUGCUGCUGCUGCUGCUGCUGUUGCUGUUGCUGGUCUUGUGAGUGCAGCAUGGUUGGGUGCGGCACGGUUCUAUAUAACGCCCACGCAGGUCAGUUGCGUUGGUGAUCUCAAUGAUUCUGAGAAGGUUGAAACGCGAGGCGAAGGGGCCGUGAGUGGACUUGCUGUUGCAGCAGCAGCUGGUGCUGCUGCUGCUGCUGCUGCUGCUGCUGCUGCUGCUACUGCAAGUUGUUUUCGUUCUGAGGCGUCGCAGUUGGUCGCCUCGUGCCACAACCCUUCAUAUCUGCUUCAUCCCACGCCCCUUUCCACCUCCCUCGUCGCACCCCCCUUCUCGUCUCUCGCGUGUCCUCGCUGUUUCUCAUCUCCCCUUUCAGGCCCUCGAGAAGUUUGCAGAGAACUCGUCUGCCAACAGGUUCAGGCUGGGCGGGCUUGUGAAGGAGGGCAGGUGAGAGGGGAGAGAGGGGGAAUGAAGUUUGCAGAGAACUCGUCGGCCAACCGCUUUAGGCUGGGAGGGCUUGUCAAGGAGGGCAGUGUUCGCAUCCCUGCAGGCAGCAUCGAGAUGGAGUUUGUUGUCACCGACCUUGCAACAGAUGGGUGCCUUGCCGGAUCUGUUCAGAGAGAGGGCCAUUCUGUGGCAGAGGCAAGGAAAGGCUCUGGCUUGGUCGCUGCUGUGCAACCGCCACACUGCACUUCUGCUGGUAGAGCGUGUGCUUUG